AUGGAAGAAGACAGGAAAUUCGACGUGGCUGUUGUGGGAGGAGGAGUUGUAGGUUGUUCCGUUCUUCACGAGUUCACUUCCCUAGGACUUCGAUGUGUUCUUUGCGAAAAAGAAGAGAAUCUUGUCUGUGGCGCUAGCUCAGGAAACAGUGGAACUCUUCACACGGGAUUUGAUGCGCCGCUCGGUAGUUUAGAGUUACGAUGCCUUCAAUCGGCGCGAGAAUUGAAUGAAAGCUUUUUCUCGAAGCAUAACAUCCCUUACAGGAAAUCUGGAGGCUUUAUUGUAGCAUGGAACGAAGAGGAUCUGGAAAAAUUGCCGAAAAUUGUCGCUAUUUCUCACGAAGCAGGUGUUUCAGACGUAAGGCAGAUAACAGCUCAAGAACUUCUUGAGAAAGAACCGCACUUGAAUAGAAAUGCUCUUGGUGCUGUGCAUGUGCCUGGAGAGAGCAUUGUGGAUCCGUGGAGAAUUCCCGUCACGUUGGCAAACUUAGCACUGGCGCAGAACGCAACCAUUUUAACCAACUGUCAUGUGACUGGUGGGAAAAGACAAGGGAAGGAUUGGCAGCUGUCAACAUCUAAAGGGCCAAUCACUGCUUCAGUUGUAGUCAAUUGUGCUGGUUUAUAUGGUGAUGAGCUAGAAACAAUACAUAGACAAAGCCCAUUUACCAUCAAACCACGGAAAGGACAGUAUGCUGUGUUCGACAAGUCCGCAGGCAAACUUUUGAACUCAAUUAUAUUUCCUGUACCUACACCAAAAACUAAAGGGGUUCUUCUUUUUCCUACAGUCUAUGAUAACAUAAUAGUGGGGCCCACAGCAGAAGACCAAUUAGAUCGCUGCAAUGCAGAGAUUGACAGGACAGUCAUUGACACUUUAAUAUAUCGGGCACAGACCAUUCUUCCAUCUCUCAAAGAACAUUCUGUCAUAGGGACAUAUGCAGGUCUGCGGCCUGCAACAGAGUUCAAAGACUACUGCAUUGAGUGUCAACCAGACAAAGCAUGGAUCACAGUGGGUGGCAUUCGGUCAACUGGUUUGUCUGCUUGUCUUGGGAUAGCUAAACAUGUGGCGGCUUUUUUACCUUCUCUUGGUUUUGAAAAUUGUAAUAGUUCACCUGAAAAUGGUUUGACAAGGGCUGAACGAAAAUGGAAAAUAACUCAUCCAAUUGCAAAGUUUGGGUUGUUAACUGGCGAGAAAAUAGACCCUUAA